AUGACUGACAAGAAGGUGGUUGACCUGACGACCUCUAUGGCGGAGGUCACCGUGUCGAAGGAUGAAGGACGGCCUAAGGAUCAAGGAAGGCCGAGAGGCUCUGGUCGCUCCAGGAUGACCGAGGAAGAGUUCGCGGUGAAGCAAGAAGAAAAACUGAAGAAAAUCGAAAUCGUGGACGCGAAGGUCACCGGAAAGGUCAAGCACUACAACAUCAUGGGCCACUACGGCUUCAUCGAGACCGAAGACGGCCAAGACGUGUUUGUGCACCAGACGUCAAUUAAGAGCUCGAAGAUGCCAUUCUACCUUCGCACAUUGGCUGAUAAUGAGCCAGUUCAAUUCGACGUCGGCAAGACUGCGGAUAACACGUUUGAAGCCAUCAACGUCACGGGUCCUGAUGGUGCUGACGUCAUUGGCUCUCCCUACUACAUGCUCCAAAUUCGCAGCUUCCGGCUAGCCUACUACGCCGCCAAGGAGGCUCGCGACAAGCGCCGUCAAUCGCCGAAGGAUCCUGCCGAGGCUGAGAAGCACCCAAGGGCUCGUCGUGGCGAAGCGCAGAAGGAGCCUAAGGCCGAAGGCGAUGCGCAGAAGACUAGGACCCGCGGUCCCAGGCGCCGUCGCGACCGCAAGGAGGCCGUC